CAGGAGCUCAGUUCUCACUCACACAGACAAAGCGCUUCCUGCGACUUCAGACUUAAUGUGAUGCUGAUAGGGCGAGAAACCCAGACUUUCUGCUGAGGGUAGCCCCCUUGGAACCGAAUGAAGAAACAGAUCUUACUACUUUUCACAUACCGAGGACUAGUAAGAAAAGGGAAGAAGAGUAAAAGAAGAAAAUGGCCAGUUUUAUAUUACGGAAAGCCGAGCCCAAGGACGUGUCUGACAUACUGCGACUCAUAAAGGAACUUGCGAAGUUUGAGGAAAUGGAGGAACAGGUCGUCCUGACCGAGAAAGAGCUGCUCGAGGACGGUUUCGGAGAUCAUCCGUUUUAUCACUGCGUCGUCGCUGAAGUACCGAAAGAUAAACAGUCCGUUGAAGGUUAUACAGUAGUUGGCUUUGCUAUGUACUACUUCACCUAUGACCCCUGGAUUGGGAAGCUGCUUUAUCUGGAGGACUUCUAUGUGAUGAAGGAGUUCAGAGGUUAUGGGAUUGGCUCUGAAAUCCUGAAGAUGCUGAGUGAGACGGCAGUGAAGACUCGAUGCAGCGGCAUGCACUUCAUCGUGGCCGAGUGGAACACGUCGUCCAUCGAGUUCUACAAGCGGCGCGGAGCGGCUGAUCUCUCGCACGAGGAGGGAUGGCAUCUGUACGAGAUCGACAAGUGCAACCUACUCAAGAUGUCAUCCAAGUAGACGCCAGUGCGGGAGGAGACGUUCCAUAGAGGAGGAUCAUGAUUACAGCUGUUGUGUAGUCUAUUGAUCACACCUGCAAUGUAUCGGUCAAUAAAUAAAGAUUAUACUCUGAGAAACCGACUGAGUGAAAGCUCUGUUGGAUCAAUGUUAACCCUGUUGUCCCCUGUUAAAGAAACACUCAAAUUUUUUGGUUCAUUACCUCAGGAUUUUUGCUUUAAAAUAUUUCAUUAUUUGCAUGUUGACUUUAGACUUCUCUUUAGCGGGCGAAGUUAUACUUUAUUAUAAUAAGGUAAAAACCAGUAAGUGCGACAAUGACUCUGUUUAGGAAGUGAUUUAAUUGUUUUCUGCUGUUUGGAAACAACCUGACGUCUGAAACUAGGCUUAACUCGUUCAGAGAUUGUUUAACUGCUGCAGUUGCAUUUUUAUUUUUUCUUAGUGUUUGCGCAGGAAGAGGAAGUUCAGACUGAGAAACUGUGCUGACAUUAACAUGUAAACCCCAAAUGAAGUUAACAUUUCCUCUUUGCACCCUACGCAGUAUAUGCAUACAAUAUAUAAUUGCAUAUGUAUACAAUCAUUUCAGUCAGAAAUCACACCAUCACAUUUAUUUUUGAUACACUGUUUUUAAUACAAUCCCAGUCGUUUGUUUUCAAAUUCAGAACUUUCCAGUCAAGCCACUAACUCCCGUCUGAUGAUUGACAGAUGAAAGGAAGUGGCUAGUGCAAAAGCAGGUCAUGAAGGGAUGGAGAUCCUGCAUCAAAACCUCACUGUCAGAGAAACGACUUGAGAGACGAUGGUGCACCUGUAAACAAACAACACCGCAAACCACAGUCAUGAGGACUUCUGAGAAAAAGAAUGAGUGGCAUAUUUAAUCUGUAAAACACACACACACACACCUACCU